UCUGCAAUACUUCAGUCAGAUUGCAUGGCAAAGCCCAUUUUCUUCCUUACCAUUCAAGUGAUCAUCUUGGCAGUAACAUGUGUGCAUGCAAAGAGUGAUAAAGAGCUUACAAGCAAGCUACUCUGCAGCCAAUGCUCGGCUUGCGACGUGAGCAAAUGCCCGGCCAGUGAUGCAUAUCCUCAUUUGACAGCAUAUGAUGACUCUCUCAUUGCUGGCUCCUUGCAAUCAGACUUUGUUUCUUUCAAGGAUCGAAGAGUUUAUGCGGUUUCAGAUAUCAAGGGCGGCGAAUCUGAGACCUACAAUGCAUACUAUGGCUGGCAAUCGACCUCAGGAUCGGCUUCUGGCUAUCAUAGAUUCAGCAAUUACAUGGACAAGUGCUCCGGUCAAAACUAUUUGACAGUCCAUGAACAUGGAGUGGUUGAGCUUCGCUCAUUGCAUUCGCUGAAAGACUUGGGCCAGGCUGAUUGGAAAUCGAUCAAUCCUCCACCAAAAUACAACCACCGGAAUUUCCGCUUCUGGGUGAACCGGAGCACUGGAAAAUGCCUGACAGUUUUCGGAGGAAAAAAGCAGAAGAGGAAAGUUGGAGUGGCAAAGUGCAAGUUCAAUGGAUCGAAACUGUCUCAAUUGUUCGCCUUUCGGUUCCAUUAUCACAAGGCUUUUUGCUGCUGUGGUCUUCACAAUGACUGAUCUUGAGACUUCCCAAAGAUAUCAAAAGCUUUAUGCAUGCAGGUGUGUUGCAGAAAUAAAGAUAGAUAAUCAGUGUUGCCCCUCUGUUAUGCUUCUAAUAUUGAUACAAUGGGUAAACAUUCAUCGGUUUCUUCUAAGUGAAAUAAGAUUAACAGCACCAAAAGACUGCAAUGCUGAGAAUUAUAAUUCACAGGCUAAGCUACAUUUUAUUUAUAAAAAAAUGAUUCAAUGCCAUGUUCAAAUCCAAGUAAUACAAAAAAACAUUGUGGUUGCUUCAAAUGAUAAAAGUAAAACUAAUCCUUACAUAUUGAACAUCUUCAGUUUCGAUCUGAAAUUAUUCAUCACAACUGCUAUGCUUCUAACAUCAAUACAACCGAUAAACAAUUCAUCCAUUUCACUUAAACAAGAAAAUCAGCAACAUCAAAAGAUCGAAAUACAGAGGUAAUUCAGAGGACAAGCAACAUUUUUUUUUAUAAGAAAUUAUUCAAUAGCAUGUUCAACUCCAAAUAAUACACAGCAUCAUGAUUACUUCAGGUGAUACAAAGUAAAGUCAAUUUGGAUCUAAUGCUAUCAAAGCACAAAAUUAUUCCCCAUGUCCAAACCAAACAAUGCAUAGAAAAACACUCAACAGAAACACAUACUAAUUUGUUCUAAGCCUCAUCACUGUAAUAAUUGCUGUAAAACCAAGCACCAAA